UUCCAUUUCAAUAUCAUCAUGAAAUUGUUUCUCUUCUUUGCUUUGUGUUUCCUGGUCCCUGCAGUUUCAUCAGUAAGUCCUCGACGUUAUGAGGCAAUCUUUAAUUUCGGUGACUCUCUGAGUGACACCGGCAAUUUUCUUCUAUCCGGUGCCCUUGCAUUUCCAGUCAUCGGAAAGCUUCCCUAUGGUGAAACCUUCUUUAAACACUCGACAGGGCGGUGCUCAGAUGGACGUCUUAUCAUUGAUUUUGUUGCUGAGGCACUUGGGUUGCCAUAUUUACCACCAUAUCUCGCAAACAAACCCCAAAGUUUCCAACAUGGAGUGAACUUUGCUGUUUCUGGAGCUACCGCACUUGGCAAAGAGUUUUUUGAAGAGCAAAAACUUGGAACUCUUUUGUGGACAAAUGCUUCCUUGUCUGUGCAGAUUGGUUGGUUCAAGAAGCUCAAGACCUCCCUUUGUACAACCAAACAAGAGUGUGACAACUACUUGAAGAAAUCGCUGUUUUUCGUGGGAGAGAUUGGUGGAAAUGACUAUAAUUACCCCGCUUUUGUAGGUGGAAACAUUAAUCAACUUAAAGCAUCUGUACCUCUCGUUGUUGAAGCAAUUACUAAGGCCAUCAGUAUGUUGAUUGAAGAAGGGGCAGUGGAGCUAGUGGUGCCAGGAAAUUUGCCAGUAGGGUGCUCGGCUGUAUACAUGACCUUGUUUCGAAGCCCUAACAAAGCCGAUUACGAUCCAAGAAAUGGGUGUUUAAAGGCAUACAAUGCUUUUGCUAAGUAUCAUAACAAUAAGCUCAAGGAUGCAUUGCAGACAUUGAGACUAAAGUAUCCUCAUACUAAGAUUAUUUACGCCGACUAUUAUGGUGCUGCCAAGCGUCUCUAUCAUGCACCUAAAAGAUAUGGAUUUACCGGGGGGACGCUAACAGCUUGCUGUGGAGGAGGUGGACCAUACAAUUUCAAUAAUUCAGCAAGGUGCGGUCACAUUGGAUCGAAAGCUUGUAAAGAUCCAUCCACUUUUGCAAAUUGGGAUGGAAUUCACUUAACUGAAGCUGCUUAUCGCUCUAUCGCCGGUGGUUUGAUCAAUGGCGGUUUUUCUACUCCUUCCCUUCGACCACCACGACAUUAAAAAGGGACUACCAUCAUGUUUAUUUACCCCUUAACAAUCCAAUGAAAGAUAUAUACAUAUUAUAAUAAGUUAUAAUAUUUUUAGGUCAUGUCUUAAAAGUAACUUGUUUCU